UUUUUUUUUUUUUGGAAUUGUCGCUCAAAUAAUUCUCGAAGAGCGUCGAUUAGUCAGCUGAGGUGCCCGGCACUUAGAUAGAUAUACCCAUAAUCUUAUCAGUUUUUUGGCAGUUUACAUAUAAGCGGAUAGAUAUGGGUGGGUCUCAGCCCCGACGAGAGUUGUGUUGGCCUCCGCCGAGAAGAAAGAGAAUCACAGUGAGAUCGUUUCAAUAGGAUAUCGGAUUAUAUAGCCGAUUCUCUGCCACGGAUAUCAGUUUGAAAAGCACGCUUUGCGAGACCAAAAGUCUAUGCGUUCACCACCUUGUUCGUUCUCAACUGAAAAAGACAAAAAAAUAUACAAACUUUUUCCAACCCUUUUUUUUACUCGUUAUAAAAACACAAGUUACGUUAAGCCAUUCGACUGAUAAGCAAUGUGCAACGCAUAAAGAUAAAAAUAUAUUAAUUUCUACACUUACAACUGAAGUUAUGGAAAUGGAAAUGGAAAUGGAAAUGUCUGCGGUGCUUUUAUUUUCGUCAAUCGUGCAUCGAAUGACUCGCAUUGAAAAUAUUGCAUUCGGCCAGAUAAAUGUGGCCUAUUUCGGGUUAGAGUGUGCAAGAUUCGGCUUUUCAAACUGAUGGGCGAUAACUUACUCAUCGAACUUUAACGAAGAGAUUACCUGACUAGUCGGCUAUUGGUUUCAAAAAAAAAAAAAAAAAAAAAAAAACAAAAAAAAAAAAAGAGGGAAAAAAGUUAUUCCCGAUAAGCAAUACGACGAAUUCGUGGUAACGAAGUAUUUUAGAGAGAUACGGAAAUCGGUCAGUUUUAGUUAUGCUAUUGUUUCGCGUCGGUGCCGCAUUGUCCCCAAAUUCAAUCAAAUUUAUGAACUUGGUUAGGCCCUAAGCCCCAUUUGGCAGUGGAUAAAAUCAAGGCAGCACCAUGGAUAAGUUCCUCGAACGACUUCUUCGCAAAAGGGGUUCCAGAGUUAGUACAAUAAAUGAUUGGCUUCAAAUACAAAUCGGUGGUCCUCAGGAUGUCAAGAAGAAACGGCCGAAGGGCCAAAAUCGCAUCAAGUCAACAAAAUACACGUUAAUCACAUUCCUGCCACAAAAUCUUCUAGAGCAAUUUCGAAGAAUUGCGAACUUCUACUUUCUGGUUAUGACAAUUAUAUCGCUUUUAAUUGAUAGUCCUGUGUCUCCUAUGACUUCGCUUUUACCCUUAGUAUUUGUAAUUGCCGUUACUGCUGCCAAGCAAGGAUAUGAAGACAUCCUGCGAUACAGGACCGAUAAUGUGGUCAAUUCCUCACCAGUUACUGUGAUCCGUGAUGGAAAGGAGGCGAUAAUUAAAUCCCAGGACGUCUGUCCCGGAGACCUGAUCGUUGUGGAGCGGGACUGCGAUGUGCCAUGUGACUUGGUCCUGCUGCGAUCCACAGAUCCCCAUGGCAAGUGCUUCAUCACAACGGCCAAUCUGGAUGGGGAGUCCAACCUGAAGACGCUGAUGGUGCCAAGGGAUCUGCCCACCGUGGACAUCCAGGAGAUGCACAAGCUGGGGAUGAUCGAGUGCGAGAGUCCCACCACCGAUCUGUAUAGCUUCAAUGGCAAGAUCGAGCUGAAGGGCGGGGAGGGACGAGUCCUGCCGCUGUCCACCGAGAAUGUCCUGCUGCGAGGAUCGCGGGUGAAGAACACCGAGUGCGUCAUCGGAUGCGCCGUCUACACGGGAAUGAUCUCCAAGCUGCAGCUGAACAGCCGACUCACCAGGAACAAGAACGCCUCCAGCGAGAUAUAUAUCAAUCGGUUUCUGAUCGUCAUCCUCAUCGCCCUGAUCGCCAUAGUCACCCUGCUCUACUUCCUCAAGAGAUACAACGAACUGUUUGUGAUCCCGAAGUUGACGUACUUGGGCGACGCGACGGACAGCUACAGUGUGAAGCAGUUCCUGCAGGACUACUUGUCCUUCCUGAUCCUGUUCAACUACCUGAUCCCCAUCUCCCUCUACGUGACCAUCGAACUGCAGCGGGUGAUUGGGUCCUGGUUCAUGGAGUGGGACAUCGAGCUCUACGAAAAGGAGACGGACCAACCCUGCGUGGUGAACACCUCCAAUUUGAACGAGGAACUCGGCCAGAUCAACAUCCUGUUCUCCGAUAAGACUGGCACCCUAACCAAAAACGAGAUGAACUUCCAGCAGUGUUCCAUCGAUGGCAGUAAGUUCCUCUUCAAGAAGACGCGACUGGAGGAUGCGGAAACGAAGGCUCUCUUGGAUAUCAAUAAGUUUAGUGCAAGUCAGAGGAAUUUCUUCCAGGCCUUAUCCAUUUGCCACACCGUUCAGGUGGCUUCUGGUUCACUGGAGGAGGCUGAUUCAUCGGGCACCAAGAGAGAACCCGUGGCUGCCAUCAAAACUGGUCCACCGGAAAUGUACCAAAUAUCGGACAUCACCGAGGAGAGUCACAAUUCUAGUCAGCAGAGCGAGCUCAAUGUGAGCCACACCAUCGAUAAUUCCCUGUCCGGUCAUCCAAAUGGUGCUGGUUCCACUGCCGUUUCAUCGGAUGUGAAUCCCCUCCUGGUUUCCGACGAAAGUUACGGCGUGGAGCGUCGCAAACGGCCGGUGGUUGUGAAGAGGAGUCCCAACUUUGCUCGCUCCAAUCGAAUGCACAAUGGUCCCGCCAUCGAUCCGAAUCCGAAUCAGACUGAUCUUAAUGGUUCUCCCAAUGGCGGCGGAGGAUUGGGAGAGGCUACACCGAACUAUCGGCCCAUCUCGCUGCAAUUCCGACGCUCUACCUCGGAGAAGGAUCUUCCCCAGUCGUGGGAGGCCGCCAAUGUCCAGGCUCCCGGCCAUCGGAGAGCCCACUCCUAUGGCGCUCCCAACGCCUACCUCUCCAGCCUGCCCCUCUCGCCCCCCGACCGGCCGCCCAGCGGCCUCUUCCGGUCCACGAGCACCGCCUCCAGAGAGUCCUACGCCGCCCCCACCUUCACCCGGCAGCCCACGAUCCUCGUCCGCGCCGAAUCGCAGCGCAGGAAGAACGAGAUCCGCGACUUCAUAUUCACCUUGGACUACCAGGCUUCGAGUCCGGAUGAGAAAGCGUUGGUGGAGGCGUGUGCCAACCUGGGAAUGGUUUACACCGGGGACGAUGACGAAACCCUUCGGGUGCGGAUCGUUCCGCCGCACAUGGACUACAAGCGACCGUUCGCCAAACCGAAGGAGGUGACCUUCCAGCGACUCCACGUCCUGGAGUUCACUUCGGAUCGCAAGAGGAUGAGUGUGAUCGUUAGGGACACCGACGGCAGGAAGUGGAUCUACACCAAGGGAGCCGAGAGCUAUGUGUUCCCCCUGUGCGCCAACAGCUCGGCGGAUCUGGUUUCAAAGACUGACGGCCACAUCAGUGACUUCGCCAGACUUGGCCUGCGCACCCUGGCGAUUGCCAGGCGUCUGAUACCGGAGGAGGAGUACCAGGACUUCCUCGUCGAGUUGGCCCAGGCCAACAGCUCCCUGGAGAACCGGAAGCAGCUCAGCGAGGAGUGCUACGCCAAGAUCGAAAGCAAUCUUGACCUCCUGGGUGCAACUGCUGUGGAGGAUGCUCUGCAGGACGAUGUGGCGGAUACUCUGGUGUCCCUUCAGGCGGCUGGCAUUAAGAUCUGGGUGCUGACAGGCGAUAAAGUGGAGACGGCUCUGAAUAUAGCGCUGUCCUGUGGCCACAUUCCGCCCGAUGCCAAGAAGUACUUCAUCAUCGACUGCAAGAACAGGGAGGAGAUGCUGUUGCACCUGAACGCCCUCGAUCGGGAGAUCAUAUUCGGAAUUGGUCAGGAGUGCGCUCUGCUCAUCGAUGGAAAGAGUUUGGGAGUUGCCUUGGCGGAGGCGAGUUCCGAGUUCCGAGAUGUGGCCGUGAAGUGCACGGCAGUUCUCUGCUGUCGCCUGAGUCCGCUGCAAAAAAGCGAAGUGGUGUCGCUGAUCAAGUCCUCCAAUGAGAACUACAACACGGCAUCGAUUGGCGAUGGAGCGAACGAUGUGUCCAUGAUCCAGGAGGCCCAUGUGGGCAUCGGAAUCAUGGGAAGGGAGGGCAGACAGGCGGCUCGAUGUGCUGACUUUGCCUUUGCCAAGUUCUGUAUGCUGAAGAGACUGCUGCUCGUCCACGGCCACUAUCAUAGUGUUCGAUUGUCCCUGCUGGUGCUGUACUUCUUCUACAAGAACAUCGUCUUCAUGGGGAUCAUGUUCCUGUUCCAGUUCCACACCUUGUUCUCCUCGUCGUCCGUCUACGAUUCGCUGUUCCUCACCUUGUACAAUGUGAUAUACACCUCGCUGCCAAUCCUGUUCAUAGCCAUCUCCGAGAAGCCCUACACCGAGGAGAAGUUGAUGAGAACCCCGCAACUUUAUAAGAAGAACACGGACAAUAAGCAGCUACAUUGGCCAUACUUUCUGAUGUGGAUGCUGUUCGCUAUUUAUCAUUCCGUGAUCAUUUUCUACUUCGCCUUCUGCCUGUUUACGUACAACAACGUGAUCCUAAACUACGGACAAACGGUGGCCUUCUCCUGCUUCGGAACCCUUCUCAUGUGGACGGUGGUGAUUGUGGUCAACCUGAAGCUCUGGCUCGUGUCGAUGUAUCUGUCCUAUUGGUACAUAUUCACAAUCAUCAUUUCCAUUCUGGGCUUCAUUGUCACGACGGUUAUCUACAACGUUAUCGAUCUGGACUUCGAUACGGACAUUUACUGGGCCUACAACAAUCUGCUGGCCUCUCUGCCCGUCUGGCUCUGGCUGCUGGUGACCUGUGUGGCCUGUCUGGUGCCCGACUACACCAUCCGAAUGCUCGCGAGGGCUCUCAACAUCAAGAGCUUCAGCAUUUUCCCGGGGAAACAGCGGAAGCUCAAGAUGCGCGAAAAGUUCGAGAACACGUACUUGUAACCGACGACCCUAGGCCAUAGUUUUUAUAUCCCUAAUUUAUUUAUUUGCCCUAUGUAUACAUUUUUUUUUGUUAGAUAAACAAUUUUUGUUGAAAAAUU